AUGGACAUUGUUCAAAAACCAAAAGCGAGUUUCGAUGAUGAGGUGCUUCCGAUUCAUUCAUACUCUCCACCAUCAUCCUAUCAAACAGCAAUAAUGACCGAGACUACCACCGCAACGAACACUCAUACAUCAUCCAAAAAACAAAAGACGAAAUUAAACACAACACUCGCACAACCAUUACUCUCUCCCGAAGAUAAUGGAGAUUACAGUAUACAACAACCAUCACAUCAGCCUUCAACAGCUGCCGAUGCGCAAUCCCAAUUUUGGCCAUCUCAAAAUUUCUCGGUAUACUUUAGAAAUAUUUCAUCUGUGUUCAAAAGACGAAAAAUUGAUGCUAUUCAACGAGAUAAUCUCAUCAAUCAAGCCUUGAAAAUAACGUUUGGAGCUACAGGGAUAUUUCUGAUUGUUGUUGUUAUUUCAAUCUUUGUUGGCUUGAUUACAAUUUUAUCAUUACAUGACUCUCAUUAUUUGAAUGAUUUUGGAAGUUCGGCAUUGAGUUUACGAAGUGUAGAUUUUGUUCUUUCUAUUAAGGAAAAGAAGCAAGAAUGGUUAUCUUUUUUCCCUCUUGAUAACACAGCUUCCGUAAAUGUGAGUGUAGCCAAACCCAAAGUAGCAGCCUUGUCAUGCCUGACUACUGGUUAUCGAAACGGUUGCAUGCUAUUUAUUGUGGACGUUCUUGGAAAACGUUCCCUUCAAUCAUUUAGUAUUGCACCACUGACAUAUUUGUUUGAAAUUGUUCAUGUCUACAAUAUGACUGUGUUUAUUGGAUCAACCUUAGAAAAUCAAUUAACAGUUUUGAAUACCGGUCAGACCAUUGCACUAAAUGGUGUCUGUAGAAGAUUUUGCUUUGUGGUGGAACACAAGAAUUUACUAUUUUCUGUAAAUCCAAGAAAGGAGGAGAACGGAAGUGUGCCACUUGAUCUUGACAUUUAUGACAUCUCUUUUGACAGGUCCACUUUAGAAUUAACAUUUAACAAAGUGAAAACUUUGUCUCUUCCUAAUGUAUUUAUAUACUCAGCUAAAAAUCAUUUUGUUGUGAGCGCAUUUAAAAUUGUGAAAAGGAAUUUCGUUGUUGUUCAUUACCAGUCUCCUAAUUUGUUUAAAAUUGAUUUGAAUACCUUAGAAAUUGUUGGAAAUACAACAUUGAAUUUGCCGGUUUGGCAGGUUGGUGGGACAGCUAUGGUCAUGCCUUACACCUCAAACCUGGAUAUUGACGAUACUGACAUUGUUAUUUGGACCAUGUACAAAACCAGAUUCAACAAUUUUGUUUUCGAUAAGGACUUUAACGUGAUAUCGAAUGGUCAAAUUACACUAAUGCUAGAAGACUCUGAGGCUCUCUCAAAUACUGCAAGCUUUUCAAAAUUAGAGAACAAUGGCUUUGUAUAUUUGCAAAUUGGAAAAACGGAUGGAACCUUUUUUUGGUACAAUUCCACACUUAUUUCUGAAGGAAUAUUUGUUGAUUCACUUUUUGGAUCGUACAAGAAUAUUUUGGUUCAUGCCAAAACGAAGGGUGAGCAAUUCAAUUUGAAAAUAGAUAACUCUGAAGCUCAAGAGUUUUCUGUUGAGGAUAAUUUUGAAAUAUUACGCUUAGAAAUAGGUAGAUUUGACAAGUCAGUAUUUGGAAUUGGUUCGCGCACGAUAUCAUUACUGCAUCCUGUACAAGGCGAGUUUAAGAGAAUUUGGGAUUUGUAUUUACCAGCUCCAUCUAAAAGAAUUCAAGCUUUCUAUAUUGGGGACUAUCACAUUUUCAUGUUUGAUGAAUUGAUGAAUGUCUACAAGUUCGAUGCAUUGUAUUUAAAUCAGGAACAAUAUCUGGCAUAUCCUGAUCAGAACGCUUUUUACUUUGAUUCGAUCGUAAAACGAGUGCCUGGACAAGAAUUGUUGAUGGUAACUGCAAUCUCCUAUUCUGAAGAGAAUGAACGUAAUAGCUUUCGAGUGAACUAUGUGAAUAUGAGCUCGAUGGCAUGGAUUGAAGGUCCUACAAUGCAUUUCACAGAUUUGUUCUAUGACUUUAUUCCUCUCAAUAUCGACCCAACAUACAAAAUGGGAUACUUUUUAGAGCUGUACGAUGAAAAGACUUUACUUAGAAAAAGAGACCUUACUGAUCCUAAUCUCAAGAUUGUUGUAGAACGAAUUGCUACGGAAUCAUUUGAACCUUGUGAAUUUAUUUUUAAAGUAGUUUCAUCCUCCAAUUAUUUAUUUGUGGGUUGUGGAUGUGUUUUUUAUGUCUUCAAUACUCGUACAUUGGAACUGCAUGCAUCUACUUUUAUCAAUCAAUGCGAUGUGAAUAAGGAACCUACUUUUUACGAUGAAGGUUUUGUCGACCUUUAUUUAGAAAAUGAUAGAUCCAUACUUGCAGUUACAAACAGAGGUCAAUUGUAUAGAUACAGACUUGGUGGAUGGUCUAAUCAACUCUAUACUGAAACUACCUUUAGUAUCAAAAAAGAGUCAUCGAGCAAUCAAAAUUUCACACUGUGUUCCAACAGUGGUGUAGUGGUAGUUGGAGAAUUGAACAAAGAAUUGUCAUACAUAUACUCGCUUGAAACUCUCACAUCGUCCAGUAGAGGUAUAUUGAUCUAUUCGCUAACCUCUAUUCUACUGGCCUCUUUGUGUUUUUCCACACUUUUUGGAUUUAUUUUCUACAAGACAAGAAAUACUUUGUUGAGAAAACAAAUGGCCGAAAAGAAUUUCAAAGACAAGCUUGACAAAAGUGAAUUUAAUUAUUCAGCAUCAGAUUUACAAUUUACUGAAAGAAUAUCUGAGGGAGCGUCAGGAGUUGUGUUCAAAGGAAGCUUCAAAGGUACUGAUGUUGCAAUUAAGAAGAUGAAAAUUACAGAUACAGAUGAUCAAGAACAAGAAAUAUUUGAAAAAGAAGUAUUUUUACUCAAAUCUCUUAGACACCCCAACGUUCUUUCCUUCAUUGGUGUUUGUAUUGGUUCGAGCGAUGAGUUGCAACAUUACCAAUUCAUCAUUACAGAAUUCAUGGACAAUGGCAGUCUUGACCGAUAUAUGCGAAAAUUAAGAGGAAAAUUCUACAUGGAAACGAAAUUGGAUAUUUUGAUGGAUAUUUGCAGAGGAAUGGUGUAUUUACAUUACAAGGGAAUUAUUCAUAGAGACUUGAAGCCUCAAAACAUUCUUCUUACGAAGGAAGGAACAGCAAAAAUUGGUGAUUUUGGUAUUUCUCGAGUUCAGAACACUCAAAAUACAAUGACAGGACAGACAGGCACACUCGAGUACAUCUCUCCAGAGGUUUUGCAACAGAUUAGGUAUUCUGAAAAGUGUGACGUAUAUUCUUUCGCAAUGAUCAUGUAUGAGGUUUUAUUUGAAUGUAAACCUUAUGAAAAGGUUGCAGACCUUAACAUGUUCACACUUGCUUUGAAAGUUUUGGGUGGAUUGAGACCAUCCAUUCCUUUUGACGAGGAGAACAAUGAUCAAGUUUUAGAGUUCAUCAAGCAUAAUGGCAUUUCUACAAACCUCUCUUCACACCAUUUGGCACAAGUAAUUCUUGACUAUGUGCGCCUCAUGAGACAAUGUUGGUCGGCAGAUGAUGUGUCACGCCCAAGCUUUGAACAGUUGUUAGACAAAUUUGCAACCAUGAGAGGAUUGUUGGACCAUUAG